UUCAUCCCAAGUAGCACAACACCAAGCAAACAACCCACAAAAAAAGAGCACUCACAAUCAUAUACAUAGCCAGUUAUCACAAUCAUGGGAGCAAUCUACUUCACUUUGUUUAUGAUCAUAGGGUUUCUUGCAAUCCCAGCUGAACCCAGAACUUCCCCAGGUGAUGACCAAAAAGCUCUAGUGAUAAUUUACGAGCGGAGCUCUCCAUCAUCAAGCUUCCCUCUUGACCUAUCGGCCAUAAUCUCCGCCAUCAAUCAUGACGGAGAGAAUGAUAUCAACGAUGUGGCGAUAAACGGAAGAGAAAAUGUAGUGGAAGCACCAAUUCCCAAGACGGCCGAUCAAGGCUGUGAUAGUGCAAACGCUGAUGAUGACUGUAUAUCUAUGGUGACGACGGAAGGAGCGGCGCCAAGAAGGAAGCCAACGCCGCCGCCGGCGCCCAAGCCGGCCGCCCCUACCCAUCCCACUGUGUAACGCAACUUCCUAGCUCGCUCGAUCGAUCGUCAAUCAAAAGGACUGGCAUGCAAUGCAUGAGCAUGGCCUCCGAUCCUUUUCGCUAAUAAUAAUAAUUAGUCAUAUUCAUAUAUAUGCUUGUGUGUACGUACGUAGUACUAAUUAAUUAGUAGUAGUAGUUGUCAGUCGGAAUAAGGAAAUUUUGCCAGCUGCCAUGGGACUACACAUGGUAACUUUAUUCGUACUAAUUAAGCCUAGCUAGCGUUCCUGCCUGUGUAAUAACUUAUUAUCCGUAAUCCUAAGUUUGCUAUAUAAGUGUGUACGUGUGUGUCCUUAAUUACUGCCAUGUAUCGCGGUUUGACAAGUUAUUUGUUUGUGCUACAAU